AUGUAUCAUCUGAAAGAAGAUGUCGCCCUCUACAUGAAGGUUGAAAAACAUGAUGCAGUUGUGAAAGAAAGAAAUGAGGCAAUCGCGAAUUUGCUACCCCAAGAUAUAGCUGACCGACCUGUGAUGACGGAUGACGAGAUUAGAAAGUUAGAAAACGAGAUCAAUGAGUUAGAAAAUGAGAUCAAUGAAGUUCGAAAUCGAAUGCAAGCAGUGAAGAAGCCUAGCGAAUGGCCACCACCACCUGCCGAAGGCUUGCAAGCGCGGUUACAGCUCAAUGAGGGAGAGCUUUGCUUGGCUAGAAGUGAUGAUGGCUCGAACCUUGUCGUGGCACAGGUUGUGGCUAAGAAAACUGUUAAUACCUAUUCUCUACGGUUUGUCGAAAGUGGUAUAAUGGAAGAAGUUGAAACAGGCGAUAUAGCCGUGCCUACCAUACCGAUGUAUGAUCCAGACAUUAAACGAACGAAUUACAUAGGCUUACGUGUAGCGGCACUGGUAGAGAGUUCGUACUACUUCAAACAACCAACUUGGAGUACGGGAACGAUUGGCACAUUGCCGAACACUGCGCAUAAUAAGGAGUUUUUAAUAUUUUUUGAUGAUGGAUUUGAAGAAUACGUCCAAGCCGCAUUCGAUUCCUGUGAUGAUGAUGCAAUGCGGGCGUCAAUAAUCAUGGAUGAUAGAACUGUUGUGCAGCAAUUUCAAGAAAAAAUCAAAUUGCUGAAGAUUUUACCUCUAGCUAGGCAGUCAAUCGCUUCAAAUGGAAUAGAUAUCAGCAAAGGUGGUGUGUAUCAGCUGAUCAGGCAAAAUCCAGAACGUCGGCGCUUCAUACAAAAGUACUUCGAGAAGUAUCCGGAUUGGCCUUUAGUACGCAUGAAAAAGCCGUCUCCGCCUGAAAGGCCAGCACAGGCUAUUGUGAAUUUGGAACACUUUGGCAACAACAACAUGUCGGCGAGACGUAUGGCCAAGAACCGUUCUCACUUCGAUGUUGUCCAGCCUGGACCAUGCAUUGAUAAGCUGAAAACAGCGACAACUACG